CUUCUCUCUCGAUUCAAGCUAAUCGACACACGCAAAAAUGGGAAGCCAACAAGCGGCGGUUUCGUUCCUUUCCAAUUUGGCGAAGGCAGCUUUCGGUCUUGGAACGGCGGCGACGGUGUUGAAUACAUCGCUUUUCACAGUUGACGGCGGAGAAAGAGCUGUUAUCUUCGAUCGAUUCAGAGGAGUGAUGGAUCAGACUGUUGGUGAAGGAACUCAUUUCUUGAUCCCGAUUCUUCAGAGACCUCACAUCUUCGAUAUCCGCACGAAGCCUCACACGUUCUCUUCAAUCUCUGGAACUAAGGAUCUCCAGAUGGUUAACCUCACUCUUCGUGUUCUCUCUCGCCCUGAGGUGUCGCGUCUCCCGUACAUUUUCCAAACCUUGGGUCUAGAGUAUGAUGAGAAGGUUCUGCCUUCGAUUGGAAAUGAGGUUUUGAAAGCUGUGGUUGCACAGUUCAACGCUGACCAGCUUCUCACAGAGCGUCCUCACGUCUCAGCACUUGUUCGAGAGUCGCUAAUCACCCGUGCCAAGGACUUCAACAUUGUGCUUGACGAUGUAGCUAUCACGCAUUUGUCCUACGGUGUGGAGUUUUCAAGGGCGGUUGAGCAGAAACAAGUGGCUCAACAGGAGGCAGAGCGGUCUAAGUUUGUGGUGAUGAAGGCCGAUCAAGAGAGGAGAGCUGCGGUUAUAAGAGCUGAAGGUGAGAGUGAAGCUGCUCAGUUGAUUUCUGAUGCUACGGCUAAAGCUGGUAUGGGACUUAUCGAGCUCAGGAGGAUCGAGGCUUCAAGGGAGAUUGCAUCUACACUUGCUAGGUCUCCUAAUGUGGCGUACUUACCCGGUGGCCAGAGCAUGCUCUUUGCUCUGAACCGUUGAUCUUGAUCAGAUUUGAUGGUUGUGGGGAGGAAUGGCGAUAUUAAUGAUCGAGUUGUGAAUCUGAUUGAAUCUAAAACGGUAAAAUGCUCUUUUGUUUUCUGAUGAACUCUGAAGAAAGAAAAAAGAAACUAGUUGUUUGAGUUGUCAUUAUUGUGUUCUGAAUCUGGGCAAAAUUUACUCUACUUCAAAAGUCUUUUUCUUCAUCAUGUUUGAAUCUCAUUCUCAACAAAUAAAUGAGGUUAUGAUUU